CAUUUCUCCGACGGACCACCAAACACACUAUUUAAGCAGCUAGCUUCAUCCGCUAAUUUAAUCCGCCUCCGAGUCCGGUCGUCGCCCAGUAGCAUGAAAAACAUGUUAACCAUCAUCUCCAACGCCCUUUGUCGGAUCACUGGCAGGAAUGUGGGAGCCCAAUCAGUGUCCGAGUUGCUGAUCGACCUGUCAGCGUACGUCAGUGUAACUUCGCCAGAGGCGCCCGACUUGGCAAAGACCCAGCGGCAGCCACCUAAACCACCACCGCCGCCACCAGUCAGUACUAGAGCGCAUGACGCAGAGUUAGUUAGCUGCCAGAGCGACGCGCUAGACGCACCAGGUGCCAGAGUCAUGGUCUCACGCUCCUACGCGGACUUGACCACUCAGGCGACAUUUGACAUUAAGAGAUGCGACCUUCACCGUCUAGAGGAGGGGCCUCCGCUGAGGGCGGAGCUGACCCGGGAUCAGGGUCUGCAGUAUUACCGCACCAUGCAGACGGUGAGACGCAUGGAGCUCAAAGCCGACCAGCUGUACAAACAGAAGAUCAUCCGAGGCUUCUGUCACCUGUACGACGGACAGGAAGCAUGUGCCGUCGGCAUCGAGGCAGCCAUCACCCCCUCCGACCAUCUGAUCACGGCGUACCGCGCCCACGCAUACACGUACACCCGCGGCGUGUCCGUCAAAGAGAUCCUGGCCGAGCUCACGGGUCGUAAAGGGGGCGUGGCCAAAGGCAAAGGGGGUUCCAUGCACAUGUACGCGCCACAUUUCUACGGAGGCAAUGGCAUCGUUGGAGCACAGGUGCCUUUGGGAGCAGGCAUCGCUCUGGCCUGCCGGUACCAAGGAAACAAUCAGAUCUGUGUCACGCUCUACGGAGAUGGAGCAGCCAAUCAGGGUCAGAUCUUUGAGUCGUACAACAUGGCUGCCUUGUGGAAGCUGCCGUGUAUCUUCAUCUGCGAGAACAACAAGUACGGCAUGGGCACGUCGGUGGAGCGGGCGGCUGCCUGCACAGACUACUACAAAAGAGGAGACUACAUACCUGGGAUCAGAGUGGACGGGAUGGAUGUGCUGUGUGUCCGCGAGGCCGCCAAGUUCGCUGCAGAUCACUGCAGGUCUGGAAAGGGUCCCAUUAUAAUGGAGCUGCAGACCUACCGUUACCAUGGACACAGCAUGAGUGACCCCGGCGUCAGUUACCGCACUCGCGAGGAGAUCCAGGAGGUUCGCAGCAAGAGCGACCCCAUCUCCCUGCUGAAGGAGCGCAUGCUCGCCAACAACAUGGCGUCCGCCGAGGAGUUCAAGGUGAUCGACAUCGCCAUCCGUAAGGAGGUGGAGGACGCGGCUCAGUUCGCCACAUCAGACCCGGAGCCGCCGCUCGACGAGCUGUGCAACCACAUCUUCAAGAGCAGUCCACCGCUGGAGGUCCGUGGGACCAACCCCUGGGCCAAGCUCCAGUCCCUCAGCUAGACCUUCUGACCUUUGAACCCUUCGGUGCUUGAGCGGUCACCCAGCGGCUCCGCCCCCCUCGACCUUCGGUCUCAGCAUUCCGCACCUUUAACCUGAAACCUGUCCAUGUUAUUUAUUCGUAGAUUUAUAUAGAAAAUAUUUAUUUAUUUCGUCUGUAUGUUUUUAUUCUGUUGAGCCAGAGACGUUUGGACCUGGCAACGAGAUGUUGCUUCUUCUGACUGCACUGUGUACUUUCAAAAAAAUGUUUUUAGUUUCUGUAGGAGCUGUAUUAUUAUUAUACGCAAAAAAGGUUAACGUUCACAUUUUAAACCUUGUUCGGUCUGUGUCGUGUCUCUUACAUUUUUCCUCCCAUGAUUUUAAAUGUUCAGCUACAAGUUUGUCUGAGACACUCACUCAUCAAACUUUCCGUUUUUAAAUAUCUCCAGGACACGAUGAGCCUGGAGUUUAAAGAUGUCUGUGUAUUAAAAGUAUUUGUCAGGCCUACAGUAUAUUUUGUUGUAAAACUAAAAUAUUUUAAACAUCAGCUGAUUCUUUCAUCCAGAGCGGGAGACUACUGACCUGAAACUCUGAACAUUAACCAACUGCUUCUCUUUUUCCAUCCAGCUACACGACACUGAAAAGAACUUGGAAAAACCUAGAAUCACUUUCACAUGCAGUACAGAAAUAUAAAAAUCUAGUUGUUGGGUUAAAAGAUUUGAAAAGAUUCAGUCUCUUCCUACUGUACGGAGAAGAAGCAUCUGGAAACUUUAUGUUCCCUCAAGUUUUUACCGUAACUGACCGUGAACUUGUAGCGGAUGCAAAGCUUUACUUCAUGAACGUGUAUGUUGAACUGAACGACUUGACAGUAAAAUAAAAAUGUAAAUACAUCUGACAUAU